AUGCCGCACCUUCGCAACCAUAGAAGACACCAUUCGUGGCCCCACUGUGGCUCAGAUCCUUGCAUGCGAGAGUCGUGCAGGGCUGAGCUGCCUAUCCCUCAGCCAGGUGCUGGACAACCUGGCCCAUUUGUUACACCGUGGUCAUCUCAACAAGCAGCGGUGGUCCCUCUUAUCACAGAGGAGUUCUCCAACGAUGACGCCGAGAUGGCAGGUAUUGAGCGGACUCAGAUACCCCGAGCGCAUCGUCUGUGGUCUCGACCUUUGAGGGAUCGACGCGAAGAUACUCCUAUCCCCGCCGCCGCACCUGAAGCUCGAAAGCAGGUCCAUCGCAGCGUUCUCCAGCGGCUCAUUCGUCGACCACCACUGGACAAGACUCGAUCGCUCUUCGUCAUGCCGACAACCAAGACUGCAGGAGACCAGCUUGUGAUAUCUGGAUGGAUGCUUCCUAGGAACUCCGCACGACCGGUUAUCAUGACAGAUAGGGUACGCACUGCAUUAUCUGCGGCUGAGGAGGCUCGACUCGUCGCGGAAAGACGACACCGACGAUGUCAUUCUGAGCAACCCCGCGCAUGGAGAAGGCCAAGUGCCACUCUGUGGACUCUUCAAGAGGAGGGAGGAACUGACGAGACGGGAUCAUCGGUUCCUCGUUCUCUUUCUGAAACUUAA